UUUAAAUUUCAAUUGUCAUUUGUCACUGACUAAUGACGGUUCAUUGAAAAUUCUGUUAAAUUACCAAAUUUGUGCAAAAGAUAAAUUAUAAGAGAAUGGCGAAUAUUCAAAAAAAGAAGUCUGAUAAAGGGCCAACUCCAGAAGAAAUUCUAGCUGGUUUUCAGAAUUUAAGGGCUGAACAAAGAGCAUUAUCAGGAAAACUCUCAGAAUUUGAGGUAGACUUGAAUGAACACAGGAUGGUAAUUGAAACAUUAAAAAAUGUAAAUGAAGAACGAAAAUGCUUCAGGCUAAUCGGCGGCAUAUUAACAGAAAGAACAGUAAAAGAUGUGUUACCAGCAUUGACUACCAACCAAGAAAAACUGAAAGAAAUUAUAGAAAAGCUUCAUGAGCAAAUAAGUAAAAAGGGACAAGAAAUUAAUGAUUAUAGAGAGAAGCACAAUAUCAAAUUUAGGGGAAUAGAUAACCCUAAACAAGAUGAACAGCCUGUAACUUCAACAGAAUCUAGGGGGAAUGUGUUGGUUUCUUAACAAUAAAGGUGUAGCUUUUUUGUUUUAUUUUUAAAUAUUGUCCCAAGGAAAAGAACUCUUCAGUUAGCUAAAAUUUUAAAUUUUUAGGAAUAAGAAAUUUACAUUUAUUUAUGCAUAUUUUUUAAUAGUCCUUUUAUGCCUGGAUUUAUUAAAAACAUUAUUUACUUCCAUUAUUAAAUAAAAAGCAUUCUGAA